AUGCCUAAACCUGGCAGAAACACGAGCGCCCCUCCGCCUCAACAGAGGCCUGUUGCUAGCUCUUCGUCCACGCCUUCAGGUGAAUCCUCCCCGCAGCCAGCGCAACUCCCAGGGCAGCCCCUGGCACUUAGCAUACCGCUAGCUGAAGUCGAUGCUACUGCUCUCAAGGCGGAUCUGCUCUCUUCUCUCCGGGAAGAAAUUAAGACUAUGUUUAAGACGGAGCUGCAAAUGGCUUUGGGGGAAAACCUUACAGCGAUUAAGUCUGAACUACAUGCAUUUAAAACACAAAUAGCAUCUGAUAUCGCUGUCAUGAAACAAGACUUCGCGGGACUGAGGGGCACCGUCACGGACAUGGAGCAGUCUCUUUCUACUUGCACUGAUGAUAUUAUCUCCCUUCGCAACCAGAUGCAGUCUAUGGCUGAAAAUGUCAUCAAAUUGGAGAACAAAUGCGAAGAUUUGGAAUCCAGGUCGCGGAGGAACAAUGUUCGUGUUGUGGGAGUCUCUGAGAGUCACUCCGUGUCCAGUGAAUAUGUGUCUAAUCUUUUGAUGGAGGCCUUUUCGCUGACCAGAGCACCGCUUGUGGACCGUGCACACCAAAGCCGGGUCCCGGCGAACGCCCUCGCGCUAUCGUUGCGAGGCUUCAUUACUACACGGAUGCUGUCAAUAUUCUACACAAGGCCAGGGAGCUGCAGCGUAUCAAGCCGGAAGGUGUUUUUGUUUUUUGAUGACUCCAUUCGGAGUUUGCACUGCCGUCUUUAUCGUUUGGGGAUGGGACCUGUUGCGAUCUCCCCUUUCAAACACUCUUCUCUGGCCCGGGACCUUAUGAACUGUCCAUCACCAGCCUCUUUCACCGGCCCUGGACUCCACGCAUCGCUGGAUCCGCAGUUGGACCACGCCGCUGGCUUCAUAACUCCCGCCAGCUCGAACAAAGAAACCACGUGA